AUGGAGUUGAGAUACUUGACUCCAAACUACUACCAAGAGGUGCUUAAGAAGGUGUACAUGUUGAGGCAAGGUACCAAAACUAUGGAAGAAUAUUAUGAUGAGUUUGAGAACUUGCGGAUGAAGUCUAAAAUUGAAGAGAAUAUGAAAUGUACGGUGAUACGAUUCGUGGCAAACUUGAGGUAUGAUAUCUUGAAGCCCUUGAAGCUUAAGCACUAUGAGACUCUUGAAGCGGCUUUCCAUGAUGCCUCAAAGGUAGAAGCAGAUUUGAAAGAAGAAAAGUCAUACAAGGCCAAAAGUUCUUUAACUUCCACAUGGAGCAAAGGUAAAGAUAAUUGGAAGACCACAUCCUCUAGGGAGCAACCUAAAGGUGGAGGUCAAGUUGCCCAAGUCAAGCUUGAUUACAAAUCCAAGGCAAGUGAGCAACCACAAGGAGGUAACUAUGUUAAACCUAACUUUCCUCGACCCUCUACAAUUCAAUGCUUUAGAUGCCAAGGGAGGGGACAUGUUGCUAGUGAGUGUCCAAAUAGGAGAACAAUUGUUGCUCUUCGUGAUGGAUAUAAGACUGAAGAUGAAGAUGAGGGUGAAGAAAAAAAUGAGGGAGAGGGAGAUAGGGGUGAAGGAGAGGAAGGUGCUUCAGGGGAUGAAGAAAAAAGGUUGGACGAGAGGGUGAAUUUUGCUUGCUUCAUGAAGAAGGAAAAGUCUUUGCUUGUUGAUGAUGAAGACUUGAACAUGAAUGUCAAUCUUUCAUGUGUUGUGAGAAGAAUUAUGGGAGCCCUUGCAAAAGAAGAACUUGACCAAAGGGAGAAUCUAUUUCAUGCUAGGUGCAAAAUCCAAGAUAAAGUGUGUUCUUUAAUCAUUGAUAGCGGGAGUUGCACCAAUGUGGUGAGUAGUUCCGUAGUGGAGCGCAUGAAAAUACAAACCAGCAAGCAUCCCAAUCUUUAUAAGCUACAAUGGCUCAACGAGAGUGGAGAGAUGAAGGUCCUUAAACAAGCAAGUAUUCGGUUUAGUGUGGGAAAGUACAAUGAAGAAUUGGUUUGUGAUGUGGUUCCCAUGUUGGCAUGUCACCUACUGUUGGGGAGACCUUGGCAAUUUGAUAGAGAUGUUGUAAACCAAGGGAGAUCCAAAAAAUACACUUUUGUGAUUGAAGGUAAAAAGUAUGUGCUUGCACCUCUCAUUCCAUAUCAAGUGAAUGAGGACUAUCGGGCUAUGAAGGUGCUUCAGGAGAGAAUAAAAGAUGAGGCGGCAAAAGGUGAAGGUGAAAGUUCCACCAUCGUUCCAAAGGAGGGGAGUGCCUUGGUUAAAAAUAAUAAGAACAUGUGCAUGAUAGCAAAGCCAAGCAAGUGUUUAAAGGGUGUGGAUGAGGAAUGCUUUCUAGUGUGCCUUGUCAACACCAACAUUUUGUUACAUGCUAACCAAGAUACUAGCACUUUGCCUAGUAUUAUUUCUUCUCUUUUGCAGGGCUAUGAUGAGCUAUUUCCAGAUGAGAUGCCCGCUGGAUUACCACCCUUGAGGGGAAUCGAUCACCAAAUAGAUUUUAUACCGGGUUCACAAAUCCCCAAUCGUCCAGCUUAUAGGAGUAACCCGGCAGAAACCAAAGAGCUAUCAAGGCAAGUGGAAAGCCUAAGUCCUUGUGCCAUACCGGUAAUUCUUGUUCCCAAAAAGGAUGGCACUUGGAGAAUGUGUAUUGAUUGUAGAGCCGUAAAUAAGAUCACGGUGAAGUAUCGACAUCCCAUUCCUCGACUUGAUGAUAUGCUUGAUGAGCUAUGUGGUUCCAUUAUUUUCUCCAAGAUUGACCAUCGAAGUGGGUAUCAUCAAAUUCGUAUGAAACUGGGUGAUGAGUGGAAGACGGCCUUCAAGAAAAGUUUGGGUUGUAUGAAUGGCUUGUGA